UUGAAGUUGGCACUAUUAUUUUUUGCGUAUGUGGUCCUGUUCAGCAAACGAUAAAGAAAACAUGGCACUGUCUUGAGUUUUGGAGACGAUGCUAACCUUUCAGGAAAAUGGACACGCAUCUUUACCCCUAUCGUAGUUAUUUGUCGCCUCAGUCUGAUGCAUUUAAAUGAUGAAAGCUGUUGUUUCUGGAUCCCGCUGGUACUUAAUGAUGAGAAGGGAGGUCUGGAGCAGAGAGAUCGAGAAUAACGGAGCACAGCUGACAGGCACAUCGGCCGCAGCAGGACCUGGUAAACACACAGUCCCAGAUAGUGUGUCAGAGGCGAGUCUUGUGUGGUCGCAGAGCUAAUGCCAAAGCUAGGAGGAGGCUGGAGUAAACAGACAUAGUUGAGGGCAGGUGGGCCAGAGAUGGGAAAUGACACCAACAUUUAUCCGCUUGAGCGAAGGAGGAGGAUAGCCCUUCAUGCAGAACAUCCCCGGUGAGAACAUUGUGUUUGGGUAACGCAAUUGUAACAAGGACAAACAACGCUUCAAACGACCAUUACACGGUUCAAACAAGGGUUUUUAUUGGAGCCAGAAGCGUCUUUAUUUGUGUCACAUCACUUUCCAGAGAUGUCCUUUACAAUGGAGGAUCAUUUGGAGUCGGGGUGGGUUGCUGUUCGCCCCAAUGCGUUUGAGGAGAAGGAGAAGCACAAAUUUGUUUUCAUCGUCGCCUGGAAUGAAGUGGAGGGUAAAUUUGCCAUAACCUGUCACAACAGGACGGUACAGAGGAGAAGCUUUGGUAGGGACCCUUUCCUAGAGGCGACCAGCCAGGAUGGGGACAAAACAAAAUGGCCCGAAAGUCCUGUUAGGGAAGUAUCUCGGAGCCCGAUCAAGGGUGCAAGGGAGGCUGUGGCAAAAGGCUGCAGUCCCAAAACCAAGUCCAUGACAGCAACCAAACCAAGUCCAGUCAAGAUUCAAUCUGUCAGUCCUGAUACUGAGGUGUUGAAAUCACUGAGGGGGGACCCUCUGUCUUCCUCCCUGGACAGCUUGGACCUGGAGGAACUGGACUGUCUGAGCAGGGAGGACUGCAGCUGGGCCGGACUCUUCUCCUUCCAGGACCUUAGGGCCAUUCACCAGCAGCUGUGCUCGGUGAACUCGGACCUGGAGCCCUGCCUACCGGUGUUUCCGGAGGAACCAGCCGGGAUGUGGACGGUACUGUUUGGUCCAGCGGAAGUACCUGAGACGGAAAUGGACGAGCUGUGCUAUAGUUUACAGGUGUACCUGGGCCACGCACUCGAUACGUGUGGAUGGAAGAUCCUGUCGCAGGUUCUGUUUACAGAGAACGAUGACCCAGACGAGUAUUAUGAAAGCCUGAGCGAGCUGAGGCAGUCAGGGUAUGAGGAGGCGCUCAACCGCGAAACCAGACAUCUGCAAGAGGUGAGAGUCUGCCUGUUCUCCCACAGUAACUCCAUGAUGAGUUCAUCCUCUCAUAAAUAUAGUCUGCAUGGUGUUAGCUUCACAACCGCAGUAUUUCUGCUGCACUGACCAGGCCCACGGACUGAGGCACAACACACCAAAGUGGUUCACUGAGGAAGUGUGAUGCUCCAGCCAUAACACAAGUGUUAAACAGUAGAGAUGCACCGAUCCGUUUUUUUCCAGUCCAAUGCGAUACCGAUACCUGAGCUUAGUGUAUCGGCCGAUAUCUGAUACCGAUCCAAUACUGCUGUUGAAUGAAUGAACUGUAUUCACCAGGCUUGACAUUAGCCUUAUUAAAAAAAGGUAACAAGUUAACACAAAAAUAAAUUUACUUAGUAUUAUUUAACAAAUAAAAAAAUGCACAAAAUGCAAAAAGAAGUAAGACUAUUAAAAGAAAAAUUAGUCAAAGAAAAAAAGACUGGAUUGGAAUGCGGGAUCGGCGUCAUUCAUCAGAUGUCCGAUCCAGUAAAUUUGUCAAUAUCGGAGCCGAUAUCUGAUCCAAAUAUCGGAUUGGUGCCUCCCUAUUAAAUAGGCAUAAUGAACUGUAUGAAGUGCAUUUACAGAGAGUUCAACAGAAAGUUAAUAAUGCAUGACACUGAUGUUCUAAAGGAGUAUGUUUUAACCCAACAUUUUCUUAUUUGGUAAAUAUUGAUGCUUGAGAAUUAAACUUUUGCAAAAAACAGUAAGAAGUAUAGCCUAAUAUGAUGACAAUCCAGUAGACCAACAUCACAUAACAACUGAAUUAAUGAAUGAUAAGGGGCUGUUGUUUGACAGUUUAUUUGGCCAAUGUGUUUGCAACCUCUUAGUACUUGGUUACUGGUGUAUGACAGGAGAAAUAUGCAGAGGCCCAAAGGGUAAACUGAAAAAAUGAACAACUACAUUUGUACCUCAUGUGUUAUGAAAAACAGAGUAGUCUACAGUCUAAAAAUAUACAGACAUCUCCUUUAACUAUUACUGAUGAGGGGGCUGACAGGGGAAGUGUCUCCAUUAUUACACUGUGAAAUAAGUAUUUUGGAAACCCAGUCAAGUAAGAGAGGAGAGAAUUUGUGUAGUUUUGUUGUAACCGUAAGUCUAGUGAAAUAUUGUUUUCAGCAUGGCUACUGUCUGCUGCUUACACAGCUGAGGGAGUCAAGUGCAGACACACACAUGCACACACAGAGUUUAAGCACUUAUUUUAUUUGAGGAUUAAUCUGUUGAUGAUAUCUGCAAAGCUACUUCAGCUCAUGAGCAGAGAAACUGUAAAAGCAAGUUCUCCUCUCCAGCAGUAUACUGUCUGCAUGGCUGCUCCCAUACUGGAGAAAAAUGACACACUGACACACAAUUUAAGUCUUUGCGAGUUAACCAGUUCAUGCUAUGAGCACAGACAUCCCCUGUGACUGCAGUGCUGCCCUCUGGUUAUAGACCUACCUCCCACUCAGGGUGACAGUUCGAGAUAAUUCUGUAGGAAACUUAUGGGAGUGGCCGAAUGCUGCUGUUUAAUAGAGGUAGGGCGGCUCCAGUUUUGUACUAGCUAUAGUAUGCUAGACUUUUGGAAGCAUUUUAGGUGUUCAACAAAAUAUGUCUGAUAUGAAGCCCUGUAAUCCAUGCUAAAAGAGAGGAAUUAGGGUUAGAUUUAUGCAUUGGUGAUAACUGUCUUCCUCAGUAUAUAGUUUCUGAGGCAUUUCCUUCUUUUAUUUUUACAGUAGUUAAAGGCAUAUUGCAGAAAUUGCAGAGAGACUUAUUUUUUUACUGUAUUGGGAAUUAAUUGCUCAAAAUAACUGAUGGAUAUGUUAUUUGUUUUCACAUUGUCUUUCGCUGGAUAAAGCAGUCUGCAGAUCAGUAUGCUAAUAUUAAUACAAUACUAAUCCUGUAAAACACUGUGGUGGCAUCUGCACUUUUAUGCAGUAGUCUGCUGGGGAGGCACAGAGAGGCACAGGUAAGGAGGUCUUUCAUACUAUUUGCAAUCAGACGUUACAACACAACACAGUACUAGUCACAUCAUAUGCUUGCCUCGUUUAUUUAUUUCUUGUUACAUUUAUGAUACUUAUUUACACGCAUCCUUGCAGAUACUCUUUUAAAACUUAAUCCCUGCUGGGCAACAUGCCUUUGCAGGUAUUGUCUCUUUCAUGUGUAUCCUCAUCUCUGCAGCUUUCACUUGAUCACUUUGUCACACACACUGUGUGUAGUCCUACAAACCUGGUGCAGCUUGAUUUUGUGCAUAACCAUCCCGUUCCAUACCCUCAUGCACACACAUACUUUUUUUGUUGACUUAUUUUAACUUUAUAGGUAUUUGUGGUAUCCAUUACUUAUUUAUUUACUUAUUCCAGCCUUCUUUUAUUGUGCUGCUUCUGUAAUAGGAAAAUCCCCUUAUUGAUCAUUAAAGCAUAUAUUAUUUCAUCUUAUCUUAACAGAUUUGUGUAUUUUGAAAUUGAAAAUAUAGAUAAACAUUACUGUCAAGAAAUUCUGCAGACAAUAUAGUGUUGAACUUCACUCUGCAGUUCCUUUGACACCAUAAAGACAAAAUGCUCACACCAGCUCCACUUUUCAGGUCUUCUUCUCUUUCACACCCACAACAGCUAGUGAUUGAUUAGAUGCACUUUAUACAGUGCUACACAGACGUAACGUUAAUACUCGUUGGCACAAAUGUAGUCCUGCUAAUCAAUUGCAUUAGGUUUGUGCAGUCUUGAAGUAUUGAGCCAGACAGUACAAGAAGUCCUCUGGAAGAGUAGGUAGGAGUGAGCAUUAGUGCAAGACGCUGUAACAUUGACAGUUGUAACAUCACAUGCUUAAUCAUUACCAUUAAAUGUUUAUUAGUGAAAAAGAUAUCUUUUCAAUACAAAGAGGAAUUUUGAAUUUCAUCCAUAUCACAAAAGCUAAAUCACAGAAAAUGGGAAAAACAGUAAAAAGUUCCUUUAUUUCCACGCAUGCACUCUUCACAUCUCCAGCACUACAGCAAGGUCACAGUGCAGUGUAUUAUCUAUCUGCUGAUGUAAUCCCUUUUAAUUUUUGCAGAAGCUACACGUAGUCAAGAGAAGGCAUUAAUGAAUACUAGUGUGAUUUUCUGUCCAAACGUUAAAAACUGAUUGCCAGCAGCAAAGACAAACCAUCUUAUAUCAUUUCACCCAGCCAGUUCCACCCAUCUCCCAUUUUCACGGUUUGAAACACACACUCUUUGAAAACAUGACAUGAGGCUUUGCCUUGCAGCCUUGGCAGAAAAAAAUAUACUGCACACACCAGCCAAAGCUUAUUCUCACCAAUUGUUUAAUAACUGUCGUGACUCUGUGGGAUUUCCUGUUUCCUGCGGGGUGCAUUCAUCCCGAAUGUGGAGGAAGAGCUACUGACCUUAUUCUGUCUUUAUUAUGGAAAAGGCUCAGUAGCUCAUUCAGACACAGGCUCAUUUUGUUGUGUCGUGGGAUCUCAGACACACACAUACACACACACGCCUAUUGAUCCUCCCACUCUAUCUGAGGGCUGAGUUAAUGGCUAUUUCAGUGCUUGCUGGUAGCCUACAGGAUUGCUCAGUCUGGCAAAAAUGUGUGUGUAUUGAUCUUAUUCCCAGCAGCACAAAGGACUGUGCUCACUCAGCCGUUGUCUGAUAAACUCCUGUUAUUUAUAGUCAUAUAAAGCAUCCUCUUAGUUUCACAGUGAGGUGCAAGUUUCUAUUCACUGUUAAGUGAUACUUAAAGAUGUGUUAAGUAGGUUUGUCUGGGAUGGGUAGCUUACUCUCGGAAGCUAUAAUCACACUGUUGUAUGGAAAACAGACAUUUGGGAACAUGCAUUAUAUAUUUUGUGCAAUGAAGUGUGUUCACUUUAUGCUUGACACACUUAAAGGUGGGGUAGGCAGGAUCUGAUGAAGUGACAGUUUUUGGGAGAAAUCUUGAAUGUCAACACUACCCCUCCCAACCAGUUUUCUCCUCAUCUCCUCCUCUCCCCUCCAUCUCUGCUCCAACAAGCCCCGCCCACAAACAAACACUCCUGCUCACUGGAAUCGUUUCAAUUAAAUUCAGAUAUAAUGCAGAUAAAUACUUAAGAAAAUUACAAAUGGGGUCCAGUCAACGUGAAAGUAAGAAGCAUUGGUGCUACUGUAGAUGCCAACAGACUAGCAGCAAACACAAUGUUUGCAGGACUUUUACAACUAGGAUAAAGUGACAUAGUCCAGGACCCGCGGUAAACAGUUUAGCGGCGCUACAACACACAGCAGGUCCUGUUUGACAAGAAACACUUCUGUUACAGACACUUGGAUUACUUUGGUAAAGCGGUCCAGCAGAAGGUUACAGGGUCUGUAAGAUCCCGAAGCGCUUGUCCGGUCUUCCUCUGUUUUAAGCGCCUGUUAUUCCACCAGUCUCCGGUAUUAUCUUCGUUUUCUUGCUUGUGUUGGCAGUCGUGGCCAAAGGAGGAUUCAGACAUUUUUCUGUACUUUCUGGUUGGUUUCUACUGUCCCAUAUUGUAGCACGCUAACUUUGUUUGGGCUCAUGAAUGUUGUCCGAGGACGUGAAGCGUGCCUUACAACAUGAGAGAGCAGCGUCCGCCUCACAACCUAUCAGAUUGGGGGAGGCGGAGAAUGGUUUUGUUUACAGUCAGAAAGAGCGGACCGCUCAAAAAAUUUAAAGUGUUGACUACACAGACACAACAAAACACAGCGAUAUCCUUAUAUUACCAAAUGUCACCAAUAACUAAUAGCUAUUGACUGAUAUUUAAAGCUUUUUUUGUAUAUACACCACAAAAAAAAGAUGUGUCUUUAACGGAAUCCUGCCUGCCCCACCUUUAAUUGUUAAUGUUGGUUUUUCACCUACAUGUGAUAGAAAUAACAGCAAAUGCCCUAUUGGAAAAGUCUUAACCCAAACUAUACUCAGGGCUCUAUUUAUUUAUCUUUUCUGUAAUUCUAAAAGUUGUUUGUAAGUUAACAGUGAUGUGGAAUAAAAUCCCUUGUGUUUCCAUGUGUCACAGCUGCUGGAGAAACACAGGAACAUGGAAAGUAUGGUGGACCUGUUGGAACUAUAUGAGGAGGAAGAUGGCGCCUAUGGAGGUCUACUGGAGGCCUCCACACAGCUGUACCAGUACCUGCUGCAGCCCUUCAGGGACAUGAGGGAGCUAGCAAUGCUACGUAGGCAGCAGAUCAAGGUAAACAUUUGCACUGGUUAAAGUUUGCAUGCAGAUGUGAAUUAUUUGUCUUUUUAAUUCCUAUCCUUGGAAACUAGCAACAGCUGUAAUCUUUGUUUGCAAAUAACAUUCUAUCAAAUAAACCAAAUCAAUAAUGUAAAAAAAUAAUAUUUAAACAAAAAUGAUAAUAAACUGCUCCACCAAAAAUGAAAUAAAAUGUGUUAUGGAUGAGAUUUUCUCAUGAAAACUAGGCUCAUACAGAAUUUCUGGCCAAAAUCUGUUGGCCUAGUAAUUUGCCAAAACCUGUUUGGCAUUGAGACAUAUCCCCCAAAACACACACACGCACACAGAGAGACAGAUACACAGAUGACCAGCUGGUUUUGUUGUGGAAAAAAAAAGUGUAUUUAUCUCUAAGAGACCUCUGAGAGUUAAAACUGAGUAAAACUGUGUAUCUAUGUUACUGUAUGUCUUUGAGUUGAACUCAGUUAUUAUUUACAUUGUGCUCCAUUGAUCUGGCUCCAGGUGGUUCACAUGUUAAUAUCCAGAUAACAUACAAAAGGGAGGGUCUGCCCUGUAGAAGGGCUUACAUUACACAUAGUAUUACAUACUUUCAAUGCAGAAUCUGCUUUGUACAUGUAUAUGUGUGUGUGUGUGUGUGUGUGUGAUUGACUGUGAUGUUUCAUGUAAAAUGAGCUGUUUUAUUUGUUUUUUUUACGGUUCUUAAUGCAGUGGGAGGAUUUUGAGAUUAAUCUAAUUGCAUAAAUAAGAUUGGCUGAAUGGGGAAAAGAUUUUGUUCAGUUCUUGCAGAGGUGAUGGCACAUUUAUAUUUAGCUCUAUGACUCACACAUGGCACGUCAGCAAUAAAGAGACACAUAUUAAAUUUCUAUAAAAUAUCUGAGGAUACAGAGGCAAACGGUUACAUAGAACUUUCCCAGAUCUUGGGUGGAAAUAUUGUUUUUUUUAGAUUAUGUCUUUUUCUGUGUUGUCUGUAUUUGAGGGGUGCAUCUCAUGGUGGAUGAGUGACAUGCUGUGAGCUGGAAAUGAACCCUGUGGAUCUCCAGUUUCCUGCAGUCUCACAGAGAUAUGAAUAAGUCAUGUUGUGUGUGGCCCUAUAGGUUUACUGCAGGCACAGAUGAUGCUGACACUGGGACAAAGUAGGAAUGCAGCAGAGCUGGAAAGACAGAGAGCAAAGUCAGAGAAUUUCUCGAUUUAGGAUGUGGCUUAUUGUAAUGAUUUCACCUUUAAAUCUAUUUAAACAAAAGUUUAUUCUCAUUAUUUAUCCUGCUACAUAAAAAUCAUUACAAGACUGUGUUAGUUUCAGUUUCCUAAAAGAAUUUUUCAAAUAUUCUCACAGCACACUAACACUGAUUGCAGGACAUCUUGAAAAAUGUGUGUAAUCGCACUUCAGAUUGAGAUCAGACUGUUAAAAAAUGAUUUGAUUUGGGGUUGAAAACAUCAAAAGCUGGCUUGUGUGGUUAAGACUCGACUUCCCUCUCAGUUUAGAUACAUGAAUACAAUGCUUUUAGAGAUAUUCUAAUGGUUACUGAUUGUUUGUCAGCGAAUUAUCAGACAGAGGUUUGUACUUCUGACCUUGCAGUAUUUACAGGUUUCUCUGUUGUCCUGUUUAGUUGGUGGUAUUUUGAGUUAAACUCCCCAGAAAACAUUCAGAGAAAACCUGCACACUAAACAAAACGUGUCUGUCACUCCUCUCUCUCUCUCAAACUGGAGAACUGUCAUCAACUUCGACUCUCUACAUUUCUAACGGUUCAGGGUUUGUUUCACUUUAAGUUACCGUCACACUUGUUUUCAGCAGCAGACUUCUCUUCCCCUCUGCACUCUUUGAUUUUCACUGCAGUUCAUCAAACUGCUCACAAACAUGUCAGGCCAACAAAUUCCUUUGAGGCUUUGUCAGAAAGGAGGUCAAAACAACUGCAGGUCCUACCGAGAUUUGAACUCGGAUCGCUGGAUUCAGAGUCCAGAGUGCUAACCAUUACACCAUAGAACCUCCUACCAGAGUCUGCAGGGGUGACAAACCCAUGAACUCUCUCACACACACACACACACACACACACACACACACACACACACACACACACACACACACACACACACACACACACACACACACACAGAUCUAUUUAUAGCCCCCAGUGAGUGGUUAGGCGUAGCAUAGCUUUCUAAAUGAGCUCACACUUAUUUGUCUCUCCCUCUAGUGCACAUGUUUGAAGCUUUGCUGUUUUAAUGACAUACUGAAUAAAUAUUAAUACAGAACGUAUAAAUCUUUUACUUUGGUCUUGUCUGAGAGAAUCUCCUGAAAGCGAGGUCUUACAUUCGUCAAAAUCUGACCUAUUUCCUGUUAUAUCGUAGAACACAUAGGGUUACAUUUACAUAUUUUUAAGGACUGUUUAAAGUGUAGAAAUCAAAGGACAGACUGGGGCAACUGGACUGCAGGAAGUUGCAGUAGUAAAUGAUACAUUGCUGAGCUGUGUAGUGUGAGCAGAGGUGCAAUGAGGUUACUUAAGGUAAGGGAUGAAACCCUUACAACCUUUGCUCUGUAAACUUUCCCUCUAUUCUUAAAUGGUACCUUUGUUUUUCUCCUUUAGGUUUUUGAUCUGUGUUGAUUACUUCAGAUUUUGUCAGUAUUUGGGUUUGGUCUGGAACUUUCUUCAUAUGAUGAUCCAUGAUCGGUUAAAGGAUCAAGAAAGUAUAAACUGUGGAAAUGCCUGUUUUGCACAUUUAAUUUGAUAAGAUAGUACAAUGAGUUUUAAAUUGCUCACCUGUUUAUAUUCACUAAUAAAAACAUAAGGCAUUUCACACCUUCUAAAUAAUAUAAAUUCACUGUAGUCCAUCUAGAUGUCAAUUAUUCUCUCCAAGCUUUUUAUAUAGGGGUCCAUAAAAAGAACACGUGUCCACAAUUGUGUUCACACUGGUUAAUGUAUGUGGAGUUGUUAGUGUAUAUGGUAAACUGCAUGAGCAAAGUACUCCUCAGGCUUGUGUUCUCUGCAGAAACGUUUCACUGAGACACACAUUUCUUAAAAUACCACUUUUUCACAUAAAAUGCAGCCAAUAAAGUUCAACAAGUACUGUGAACAGUGUGUAGGAGAGUACCAUCGCUUAAGGACUCUUUUGGAAACCAAACUACAUAUUUCCUGCAUAAAUUUCAUACCAUUGAUGAAAGCGUCAGACGUUUAGAAGCAUUGCUAAAAUGCAGAGAUGUAAACUUCAGAUAAUCUUGGACGCCUCAGUGUAAAAUUAGACAGACAUGAAAACUGAACUGCGCUAUCUUGAUACCUUGAGGACACAACUAUUGAUUAGGAAGAUCAUGUACAAAAGACGAUUAAUAGAAGAAAGACAACGCACCGGGACAAGGUGAAGUUAGAGAACUGCAGGUAAUAGAAAUACAGUCAUGAUAAAAUGCUUUAUAAUGUGUUAUGAUUAUUGCAAUAAAGCAUUAUGAUCAUUUAUGAGUGUUUAUAACUAUAGUUAUACGGUGCUAUGACAUGAUUAGAACGCAUUAUACAUAUAUUUAGAAUGCGUUAUGGAGAUAGGCGUCAAGUAAAGUGUUACCAAAGUUUGUUUCUGACCUGAAAUCAGCUCAAGUUUCCCAGUCGAGCUACCUCCAUGUUCCCCUAAAGUGGUAUCAGUAGCCCAUAACAAAGAGCUUCUUUUUUUAUAGCUGUUUAGAAAGCUGCUGAAAGCAACACUGACUCAGGGAGGGAGAGAGCCCUGUAGCUCAAGAGGAGGGAAAACUGACCCCCUUUUUCUUAAUAAAACAGCUGCUGUUCUUAGUUUUCUGUUGUAAUAGCUACUCAAAAAUAUUCUUUAUCAACAGAUUUCUAUGGAGAAUGACUACUUGGGCCCGAGGCGAGUUGAAGCUCUAAAAAAGGAGGACUUUGACUGGCAGAAGAAAGCUCAGAGGGCAGUCCUCAACAUCCAGGAGUUUACUGUAAAAUACUUUGAGACCACUGCCAGAGCCCAGAAAGGUACAGUACGCCAUCAUCGCCGUCAAUGUCAAGUCAAUGCAGCAGCAGAGGAAUGACUUUGUAUCAUCGCACAGACAUAGUGGCAGCAUCGGUCGGCUAUUGACCUGUGUGUGGAUGUGAACGCCAGGGCUAAUGUGAUUUGUUAGUAAUGAGGGAGUGCAGACAGCCAUGCUUUGACGGGGACAGGAAGAAACAAGGACAAGCUAUUGAUCAAACUGCUCUGCCAGCAGACAGUCUCUCUGUAGAGUUACUCUACAAUCUGCCCCUGCCUGUCCAUGUUUCUCCCCAAUUCUGAAUGGUCUAUUUAUUAUUUGGCACUUAUUAAAUCAAAAAAUGUUACAAUUGAAAGAGUUGAGGUAAAACUAGGGUGAAAGAUAUUGUAAUGUCCAAAAGUGGCCAGUAGAUGUCUCCCUCUACAUUAUUAAAGUGUUCCCUCUGAGAGACUGCAGUUAUCAGUGGGUGAACCUCUAUGUAGUUGACUUUGUUUUUGACUCAUUUUCAUGUAAAAACCUCUUAACUUUAAGUCGUUUGAAAGUUUAGCGUCAACACAAAAUCUUCUUUUCUUUCCUUGUGUGUGUUUGUGUAGGAGUUUAUGAACGUAUGAAAGUGGACCAGCGCAAGUUUGGCAAGUCUUCAUGGACAGCAGCGGUGGAGCGCAUGGAAAGACUCCGUUACUCUGUAGCAAAAGAAACUCUGCAGCUCCAGAGAGCCAGGGAGAUCUGUCUGGAGCAAAAGAAACACACACUUCGAGAGGAGGUGUGGUGGUAACACUCAGCAGCAUGCAAAAUUGCAAACACAAACACACACACACACACACAGCUGUCUUAUGAUUUAUUUUUUAUUAUGUUUUCCCUCCUUAGAUGCAGAGUUUGUGUAACAGUGAUGAUGCCAUGGCCCUCUUGGACCACAUGGAGACACAGUACUAUGAGCUCCAGCUGCAGCUGUAUGACAUCCAGGCUGAGAUACUACAGUGUGAAGAGCUACUCCUCACCGCUCAACUAGACAGCAUUCGCAGACAGAUGACAGGUAUUAUCUCAUCAUUUAUUGUCUACUUUUAGGGUGAUUUGGCGCGCAGGAUAACCUCCUUUAAGAUGCAGUAAGUUAUUCUUGAGAGAGAGCUAACAGUCAUUCACUUCAAGGGGUAUUUCACACUGUUGACAGUCCCUGAAAAUUCAGCUUGAAAGUAUUAUUCAUAAGACUGUUAGUGUGUCGUGCCUGUCAUACUCAUGACAGAUCUUUAUUUGUUUUUAGAGCGUCAGGAUGAAGUGGUUUACUAUGACACUUUUGAAAGCGCAGAUGAUAUAACAGAGGAUGAUACUGCAGAAAGAGAGGAGCUGCGUAAACUUCAGGUCAGCGCUCGACAGCUGGAGGCGAGGAGGGGGCGCAUCACAGCCAAGCGCUCCUAUCUGAGAAACAAGAAGGUGUGUACACCUUUCUCAUGUAUGCUCUUACUUUUAUUCCUGGAAAGAUAUCCUCACCUGAAUUAUACAGACUGUAGUUGUAGAACGGAGCGUGUAUUCAGCAGCACUUCCUUUUAAUUAUUUAAGAUGGGAAGCUUAAGAGAGACAGAAAAUGUGAGGAGGAGAAAUGUGAGACUGACAGCUGAGUUACAACUUCUCACAUUAGUAUUUAGCAAAUUCCUCGCUUACAUUGCGGUUAAUAUUAGCUCCAUUAUUUUGCAUCUCGUAAUAGUAUCAGACAGAACUGUCAGCCAGGAAAUUAUCAAAUGAUAUCAUCAGCUGUUGUCUGAUAUAAGCUGACGGUUUGUUAAUUCUUUAAAAUAGAAUAAUACUCAGUGACCCCUCAGAGUUUUUCCAUCAGCUGAAAAUGCAGUGGGAUCAUUUUUAUGUGUACAUAAGACUUUCAAACCUGGAACAUAGUAUGACAACACUUUAACAGCUUUGUAGCAGGACUUCACAGAGACAUGACUGCUGUGUGAGUAUUAUUAACUAGAAAAGCACUUGGAGAGCGCAGACCUCCGCCAAGCAGCUCAUGUCUCCCCUUAAACAAGAAAUGCCCUGACCGGGAUUCAAACCCAGGACCUUCCGGUUGUGAGGCAACAGUGCUAACCACUACACCACUGUAAUAACCUAGCCUGACUUGGCCAUCCUGUUGUAUGCAAGAGGAUGGCCCAGCCAGGCUAGUGAUAACCACCCAUUGGUUAUCUUUCAGCAUUGAAAAUUCCAACGACACCCUUAUUUUUGUGUGUUCUGGAUCACAGUAUCCAGAAUUUUGUCCGGAUCACCACCAAAAUUUAAUGGGAUCCUCCUGGGGCUGAGACGCACCUCUGGUGAAAAUUUCAGGUCAAUCCGUCUGUUACUUUCUCCGUAAAGUUGCUAACAGUCAAACAAACAAACAAACCAACGCUACCGAAAACAUAACCUCCUUGGCGGAGGUAAUAAUCUCCACACUACAGAGGGACAUGACAAAUGGUUUUACUUUGGUUCAUGGUCAAAUAUAGAAAAAGACUCUGACAGACACACAGUGUUUUAUUAGUCUUGUGUGUGGAACGGUGUGUUGUUGUUUUCCCCCCGCCUCUCUGCAGGAGAUCUGUGUUGUGAGUCACACUCAGAAACAGCAGAAACCUCAAACCAUGCCCAAGGACUCCAUUUCCCACCAGGUCUUACAGGUAGAUCCUUUUGUCUAAAUGAUGUGUAAGACCUCUUCAGUGUUCAGUGAAGUCAUGGUCAGUUAAUGAACUGUGAUACGUUUCAGCUGAAAAAAGGGGAUGAUGAAGAUGAGGAGACGAAGAACAGCAGGGUUAGUCAAGAGAGGCAGAGAACUCUGGACAGACUACGCACUUUUAAGCAGGUUUGUCUUCUCUGUUAACAUACACAUGUCAAGAUGUUCAUUUUUGUUUGCUAUCUGACUUCAGUCUGUCUCUCUGUGUUUAUUCAGAGAUACCCUGGUCAAGUGAUUCUGAAAUCCACUCGACUACGCGUGUCUCACAGCAAGAGAAGAGAGAGUGGAAGGAGUAUGGAGAUGAGUAGCUUGAGUGAGAGGGAUGAGAUGCAAAGUCAGCCGUUGUGUCUCAGUACGAGUGUUCAGACAGACCCCAGCCCCGGCGCGACACUCACCACUCAGCCUGUCACGGCUCUCACAGCUUCCCUCCCUCCGCUACCUGUGCCCAGUCCUGCAGACUCCUCCUGCUCUCCCUGCUCACUCUCCUCACUCCUGGCAUCCCCAAUCUCACCCCCGCCUCCCCCUCCACCUCCUCCGCCCUUGCCAGCGAGGGAGGAGUUAUCACCUUCUGAGAGCCAAGGUCGGCAUGGACAGAAGGGGGAGGGAAAGAGCGCAGCAGAGGAGCUCUCUCUUUCCCCACUUGGCCCGUUUAUCCCUCGCUUCUUUGACAGCAGUCAAUUGGUCAGCGCCCGGAAAAAGCUGAGGAAGACUCCAGAGUUUGACUCCCACAGCAGGAGAGGUAGCACGGCUUUUUAAUCACCACAAUGGGCUUUGUUUAAUUACCUUACACAUAAACCAAUCACAGUCUUCUUCUUCUUCCUCUUUUAGUGAGUUCACCCAUGGACGAGGUGCUGGCCUCAUUGAAAAGAGGCUGCUUCCACCUGAAGAAGGUCGACCAGCGGUCCCUGCCUUCCACUAAGGGAGAUGAUGAUCCUAACAGCAUUCUGGCUCAGAUCCGCAAGGGGGUCAAACUCAGGCGUGUCCCUAGAAAAGAGAUAAAGGAUCAAGGAGAACUCCCGGCCUCCACCGACCCCCUGACCAGGAGUAUCCACGAGGCGCUCCGCCGAAUCAAAGAAGCCUCGCCCGACUCUGACUCUGACGACGACGGGCUAGUAGGACCGGACUGGGACAGCUAGGGUUCAAGGCGAAGACACAAAACUUCCUGCACAGAUGCCUGCACUGUACUGAACACUGACAUGCAUAACACACAUCAAUCUCCAUCCUUCACUCACGAGUACAAACAGCUCAGUCACACAUGUAUCUUGUGGCUUGAACUAAGCCUAAAUCAGUCUGAAUAUCACCAAACUCACCAAAUGCUCCAAAGGUCUGACCCGUGUGUUUGUGUUUCACACUGCAUUCAUAAAGGACAUUGUCAUAAAAAGGACAUUUUUGCCAUUUUACUGUGGUUUUUAUUCAUGUUCUCAGAUUGUUAUGAUGCCACAUUUGUUUUUCUUUCUCUUUGCACUGGCCCUUUGUGUAUUCAAGAAAAGAAACAUAACAGAUUUGACACUGACAGUAGUGUGUGACACUGAAAACCUCAUGAGGGAAGUCAGGUGUGUGAUGCCUCACAAACAAUCAGACACAACAAUCUUUACCUGUAACAACAAUUUGUGUCGUACAGUAUCACCACUGGUAUCUGACACUGUACAAUAGUCUGUAACACCAGGUCCCUGCUCCUUCCCCACUCUUUUUCUCCCUCGCCCUCAGCAACUCUCACCCCUGUCCCUGGGAAAGGAAAUAUGUAUCCACCCAUCUGUUAGCUGAAGCAUACGGCCAAGGCUGUUGGGAGACGUAAGGAGUCACAAGAAGUUUAUCAUUUGUUUCCACAGCAAACAUCUUCUCCUUAGAUAAUGCGCGUCUCCCAUGAGAGGAGGGGGAAAAGAUGAAAGUUUCUUUAGAGAGGUGGGGGUCAUGGUGAGUGCCAGGACCCGAUGUCAAGUGUGGGCUCACAUGGUGGGUGAUUACGAACAUUGAUAUGUGGGAUAGUCACGGCGAUGUGAAGCUGGUCACGCCUGUUUGAGUGAUGGAUGUUCAGUGGGAGGUUAGAUGCUCUCAGCGCCGCAUGGACUCACUGUGGGCUGCCGAGCGGGCGGCCGUGGUUGAUGCUGUUUCUCAUGAUAUUCUUUUCACGUUUUCUCCUCUCCUCCAGCCUGGUUUCUUUCUCUGCACUUAGUGGGCGGAGGCACACAGUAGGAGGUCUGUUACUCACAAUGUUAUGAGUGGAAACACGCUUAUGCGCACAUGGAUUUGCCCUAAACUUAGCCAAUUUGGUAGGAUGAGUGUCAAAGUAAGUCCACAACUUCAUCUCAUUUGUUUGUUUGUUUUUUCCAUUAUUUUAGAAGUGGUUUUAGCACUUUUAAUGGUACAUUGUAUAAAUUCUAAAGCACCAUGUGUACAGAGCUUUCUAUUUUGUUUUUCAGUCACUUAUUAAAGAUUAUAUCAGCUGUAGAUGAGAAAGUUUGAAGCACUGAGCAAAGUGGUUUUGGACCUACUAAGUCAUGAUGGGUGGAGCAGUGGGAUGACUUGAUUUUGCAAACAAGGACAAAAAAAUCUGGAGAUUCUGGGAUAGCUUUGGCAUGUAAUCUAAAACUUGAUUUUUUUGUGCUUGUGUUAAAAGCCACCUGCUGAUGAAGCAGUGAGGACACUGAGUAUCAAGAACAGCUUGAAGCAAGCUCAGUGCUUAAAACUGUUUAUUGUUUCCUUGUAAAGCAAACCUGAGGCACGUUUGUGUCUCCUGUCAGCACAAUGUUUUUUCCUGUGGUACCCUCAUCAUGUAGCAGAGAUCAAACCCAGUCUUACUCUUAUCUCAAACCUGAUCCAGAGCUUACCUGACGCACUGUUGUUGAAACCAGCUAGGAGACCAGAUUCCCAAAAAAUCUCACAGCUCAAGUUGAAGCUUUUCUACAGCAAAAAUGACCAACAAAACUAGAUCCAAGAUCUCACUCCUUUGCCACGAAUCACAUAACUGACACCUGACUGAGCGUAGAAAUACACUGUUCUGUGUGAACACUGUUCUUUACCUGUAUUUAACCUUAACAAAGGUUCAUAGUUGGUUUUUACAUUUUUAUUGCCUCAUUUCCUGUUUUUCUCCAAAGCAUUUCUUGCCAAAUCAUUUUGUGAUGUAUAUACUUCGAAACAUUUUACCAUGUGGACUGUGAUGCACAAAGGCUGACUUGAUGCCCUGUUGUCUGAAUUAGCAAGUCACCUGAGAAGUGCAAUAUCAGUGAAGAAAAAAGAAAAGAAAGAAAUGUAAAGUGAGAAAAUGAAAAGUUAAUGGGUAAAAAGUUCAAAUUUAUGGCCUGAAACGAAGUACUUAAAAUAUGUUGCAGUUGUUUUUACACAAUGGUGUAUCGACACACUGUUCCAGGAAUACAGUUUUGUCUUUAGUCCUUCCACUUUCAUUUAUUUAGAUUUGUUUUAAAUUACAUUUUUGCCCCUGCAUUUGAAUAAAACCUUGUGAAGCAGCUUCUCGGAUGGUUU